ACCCCAAGUCGCCUUUUUCCGCUGCAUCGCGUCGCCUCACUCCACCCUCUUCGCAAAUCAUGGCUAUGCGGCUCGCUGUUGGCCGGCCAUUGGGCGCCGCCGUCCGCGCCACGAGCUGCUCCCGCAAUGCGGUGCGCACCUUUGCCUCGACGGCUCUGCGGGCCAAGGAAGUUGCGGGAACCACUUCGGAGACACCCAACAUGCGGUUUGCUCCCCGCGACGACGUCGGCAAGCUCAAGGCCCCGGUGGUCAACCCGGCAGACCACUACAAGGAGAGGGGCGAGGCGCUGCACAAGUACGGACAGUACAUCAUGUCAUGCCUGCCCAAAUACGUCCAACAAUUCUCGGUGUGGAAAGAUGAAUUGACCAUCUACGUCCCUCCCGCGGGCAUCAUCCCUACCUUUACCUUCCUCAAGUACCACACCGCAGCCGAAUUCACCCAAAUCUCCGACAUUACUGCCGUCGAUUACCCCACCAAAGACCAGCGCUUCGAGGUCGUCUACAACAUGCUCAGCAUCCGCCAUAACUCGCGCAUCAGAGUCAAGACGUACGCUGACGAGGCGACCCCGGUGCCUAGUCUGUGCGAUCUCUACGAUGGUGCCAACUGGUACGAGCGCGAGGUCUACGACAUGUUUGGCGUCUUCUUUGUGGGACACCCCGAUCUGAGGCGCAUCAUGACAGACUACGGUUUUGAUGGACACCCACUGCGAAAGGACUUCCCAAUGACGGGAUACACCGAGAUCCGAUAUGACGAGGAGAAGAAGAGAAUUGUCGUGGAGCCUCUUGAGAUGACGCAAGCGUUCAGGAACUUCCGCGGUGGUUCAUCUGCAUGGGAGCAGGUUGGUCCGGGUGACGAUCUCACGCCAGAGAACUUCAAGCUGCCAACACCGAAGCCAGAGCCACCGAAAGAGGAGAAGAAAUAGAAAUAUUUGAGCAUCUGAGUUGUAAAUACCUGCGAAUGAAUGUGCCGGCGCACUUUCAACAUGGAGUGAAGGGUUGAGUGUUUGGUGCUGACCUCCGCUGAGAGACCAAGUGAAGUUACUAAAAACAAUUACCCAUUGGACUGCAGAAGAUCCUGUAACUUUAGACACGUGUCCGGCGGGUGCCAGCGGGAAUUGAGUUCCUC